GAAGAAGAAAAAAAAAGAACAUGACUGAACUUUGCAUCUUGGUUCAAACAUUUAACAAUUGAAAAAAAAAUUAUUUAACUUCCUUCUACGGGAACUAAGCUAAGAUCUGUAUCUAAUUACAGUACAUGAAACCUGUCAUGCAGCAUUACUUGUAUGCUUUAGUAGGAAUGUGUUUUUAGUAAAAGGUGUAACCAAGUAAGUAUAAAGAACUAUGUUCCUCUUCGUGACCAGACCAGCUUCCAUCAUGAAGACUCUAGUGUGUGCUCUAAUUGUUGUGCUCCUCUGCAGUGCCUCAGUGCACUCGCUGACAUGCUACACAUGUGUGGAUGGGGACUGCAAGACCCCCACUGAAUGCCCAGCCUCAAGCAAUUUCUGCAAGACUGUUUCAACAGCUUCUGUGUUCACCCGCACGUGUGAGGAGUUCUGUGUGCCUGGAGUGAACGUCUACUGCUGCACUUCUGAUCUGUGUGACUGACCUCUCAACACCACCAGUCCUGUCCUGCCAGUCAGACACUAAUGUUCAUUAUAAUAGCAUUAUAGGGGGGGAAAAGUCACUUAUUGGCUUUUUUUCUAAUGACCCUUCUCCAUCUGACUCAACAUGAUUUGCUUAACACUUCUUAAAAGGAAUGUCUAAAAAUUCUGGUUUCUGUUUUAUUUCUGUAUGAUGAUUUGGUUUAUGAAUGAAAUAAAAUCUGCUCAGUAAAAUGC